AUGGAGAUCUUGGAAUGCCUCUGCUAUGCUGGGAAAGCUGAAACUAUCGAACUUCCAGCCGGGCAGCUGCACCGCCAUCGCUUACGGCUUCUUCCAGGCCAGCACCAUGGCUCGUGGCUGCAGUUCAGUGUUACAGCAAAACCACAGGGCUCAGACAUGCAGCCAGCGUGGCUACCCUUGGCUGGCGUGGUUGGUUCUGGAGGGGAGGUGUUCAAACGCUUCGUCGAGAUCGGCAGGGUUGCCUUCAUCGCCUUCGGGCCGCAUGCUGGCAAGCUGGUGGCCAUUGUGGAUGUCAUCGACCAGAACAGGGCACUAGUUGAUGGCCCCUGCAGUGGUGUCAGAAGGCAGGCUAUGCCCUUCAAGUGCAUGCAGCUGACUGACUUUGUUCUCAAGUUCCCACACAGUGCUCGUCAGAAGUGUGUGCGACUUGCCUGGGAGAAGGAAAAUAUAAAUGAAAAAUGGGCAGCGACAAGAUGGGCAAAGAAGAUUGAAGCCCGAAAAAAGAAAGCCAAGAUGACGGACUUCGAUCGCUACAAGGUUAUGAAAGCAAAGAAAAUGAGAAACAGGAUCAUCAAGCAUGAAAUGACGAAGCUCCAGAAGAUGGCUUCUAAAAAGGGCAAGAAACCAGAGAAGCCAGAAAAGUCAAAGCCAGAGAAGGCUCAGAAGUCAGAGAAGGUGCCAAAGGCACAGAAGGCACAGAAAUAAAAUGAACCUCUAGUUAUGUAUGACUUUGUGUCCUUGUUCUGAUUCUUUAACAAAUGGUUAAACAUCUGAUUUAAAUU